CCGUGCCGCGCCGCGCCGCGCCGUGCCGUGCAGUGCCGAUCGCCAUCCGGCCCCGGCUCUCGCGCUCUCCCAGGCGGCGCGGUCCGGUAAGCCGGAGCCGCUGCAGCCCAUGGAGCUCGAGAACAUCGUAGCGAACACAGUGCUACUCAAGGCCCGGGAAGGUGGAGGUGGAAAUCGCAAAGGCAAGAGCAAGAAAUGGCGGCAGAUGCUUCAGUUCCCCCACAUCAGCCAGUGUGAAGAACUACGGCUCAGCCUCGAGCGUGACUACCACAGUCUGUGUGAGCGGCAGCCUAUUGGGCGCCUUCUGUUCCGGGAGUUCUGUACCACAAGGCCUGAGCUGACACGCUGCAUUGCCUUCCUGGACGGGGUGGCCGAGUAUGAGGUGACCCCUGAUGAGAAGCGGAAGGCAUGUGGGCGGCGGCUAAUGCAGAGUUUUCUGAGCCACACGGGUCCUGAUCUCAUCCCUGAGGUCCCCCUGCAGCUGGUGACUAACUGUGCCCAGAGGCUGGAGCAUGGGCCAUGCAAAGACCUCUUCCAGGAGUUGACCCGGCUGACCCAUGAGUACUUGAGCAUGGCCCCUUUUGCUGACUACCUCGACAGCAUCUACUUCAACCGUUUCCUGCAGUGGAAGUGGCUGGAAAGGCAGCCAGUGACGAAAAACACCUUUAGGCAGUACCGAGUCCUUGGCAAAGGUGGCUUUGGGGAGGUAUGUGCCUGCCAGGUGCGGGCAACAGGCAAGAUGUAUGCCUGCAAGAAGCUGGAGAAGAAACGAAUCAAGAAGCGGAAAGGGGAGGCCAUGGCUCUUAAUGAGAAGCAGAUCCUGGAGAAAGUGAACAGUAGGUUUGUAGUGAGCUUAGCCUAUGCCUAUGAGACCAAGGAUGCACUGUGCUUAGUGCUGACGCUGAUGAAUGGAGGUGACCUCAAGUUCCACAUCUACCACAUGGGCCAGGCUGGCUUUCCUGAAGCACGUGCUGUCUUCUAUGCUGCUGAGAUCUGCUGUGGGCUGGAGGACCUGCAUCGAGAGCGCAUCGUGUACAGGGACCUGAAGCCAGAGAACAUCCUUCUGGAUGACCACGGCCAUAUCCGCAUCUCUGACCUGGGACUGGCUGUGCAUGUGCCUGAGGGCCAGACCAUCAAAGGUCGUGUGGGCACUGUGGGUUACAUGGCUCCAGAGGUGGUGAAGAAUGAACGAUACACAUUCAGCCCUGACUGGUGGGCAUUAGGCUGCCUUCUAUAUGAAAUGAUCGCAGGCCAGUCACCCUUCCAGCAGAGGAAGAAGAAGAUCAAGCGAGAGGAGGUAGAGCGGUUGGUGAAGGAGGUUCCUGAAGAAUACUCUGAGCGCUUUUCCCCGCAGGCCUGCUCACUCUGUUCCCAGCUCCUCUGCAAGGACCCUGUGGAGCGCCUGGGGUGUCGUGGGGCCGGCGCCCAAGAGGUGAAGGAGCACCCUCUUUUCAAAAAGCUGAACUUCAAGCGACUGGGAGCAGGCAUGCUAGAACCACCCUUUAAGCCUGAUCCCCAGGCUAUUUAUUGCAAGGAUGUUCUGGACAUUGAACAGUUCUCCACUGUUAAGGGUGUGGAGCUAGAACCAACCGAUCAGGACUUCUAUGAGAAGUUUGCCACAGGCAGCGUGCCCAUCCCCUGGCAGAAUGAGAUGGUGGAGACCGAGUGCUUCCAGGAGUUGAAUGUCUUUGGGCUGGAUGGCUCAGUUCCUCCAGACCUGGACUGGAAGGGCCAGCCACCCGCACCACCUAAGAAGGGACUGCUACAGAGAUUGUUUAGCCGCCAGAGGUGAGCAGUGUGGGCUCCCCAUGGGUUAGCCUCGCCGCCCAGCCUCGGGGAGCCCCAGGCAGCCCUUCAAUGGCAGAGGCAAGAUGUGGGAGAAAGAAGUCUGGUGCCCGCUCCCCCUGUACCUCUCCCCACUGCUGCAGUUUCCUGCAACCUGGCCCCUUCAAGCUGUCAGCCUUACUCAGCUGUCUGUCUCCCUGUGCCCAGCCCCUAUACGGCCUAAACAGAGGCCUUUCCCUGGCAGAUUCUGGGAUCUCCUUAGUCCCCCUUAUUUAAAUCAGUUGCCAUAAGCAUUUGCUCUCAUGUCCACUCAAGUGUGGCCUGAGCUGCUGCACUAGUCCCCUCAGGGGAGCCCUCUUCCCAGAGUGUGACCCUGGGUGGCACCUUUCCUGUCCUGGCAGGGCCAGCCUUAUGCAGCAUCACUGGAGGUUAACAGCCCUUGCUCUGCCUCUCUCCCUCCAUGUCUUCCCUGUCCCUCCAGGAUUGCUGUGGGAACUGCAGCGACAGUGAGGAAGAGCUCCCCACCCGCCUCUAGUCCCCAGCCCGAGGCCCCCACCAUCGGUUGGCGGUAGCAGCUGCUCCAAGUGCUGUUUACAGUUUUGCACAGUGGUCUUCCCCAUUGUCCACUAAAGUCGUGGCCUGGGGAACACAGCCGGAGCUGUCCCCAGUGUCCUCUCAGCCCUUGGCCUGACUGAGUUUGGCAAAGCCUGGGCCGUCCCUGGGACAAAGGUGCGUCCCUUCAGCUCCUCUGUGGGGCUCGGGGCUUUCUGUAUUUAUGUAUUUGUAUGAAUGUAUAUAGCAACCAGAGCUUUCUUAAUUCCUGCCCCAUACCUGGCGCUCUGCCUCAGUCUCUAGGGCAGCCAGCACCGGCUGGGAGAGCUAAGAGAUAGCAGAGGAGCCACUGCCAAAGUCAAGGCUUCUCAGGCCCCACUCAGAAGUGGCAAGGCCAGAUCCCUGAGCCCCCAGCAUUGUGCUGGCCCCCACCAACCUCCGAGUGAGGCUCAUACCUGCCCUUGGUGUCCUGGGCUCAGGCUGCACUGACUAGGGCCCAAUACUGUGUCCCUUUAUGGCAGUUAUCAGCGUUGAAUCAGGGUUCUCUAUCCUGUAGGCCUGUGCCAAAGUGUGACCAGAGAUUGGACUGACUGUUGAGACCUAUUAGUUCACUGCCCCAGCUGAUCCACAUGGGUCUCCCUCUGCCUUCCAGCUCCCAGGUCACCUUGUCUCUUAUGCUGGGCCCUUGAAGACACCUCUUUCAAAAAUGCUCCAGCCCAGGCCAUAGGAGAGGUAGGGAUGUCCCUGGCCAGCUUUGGCCAACAUUCCAGAAUCCCCUCAUAAACAUACACACAUGUGCCCAGCAAUAAUCUGCCCCUCCCUGUGUGUGCCCAUGGGGAAUGUGUGGGUGUGUAUCUGUGUAUGUGUGAAGGGGGUAGGGUAAGGCUGUGCCUAUGUCCCGGGCCCCAGUCCUGGUCUUCCCCAGAAUGUAAUUGAUAGCCAUCCUGGUCCCGGUGUUAGGGUAGAAAGGGAUUACAGGACCCUGGCUUUUCUGUAUUUAAAGCUAAUUUUUAUUACUCAAUUUUGUCCAAUGUAAGCUGCCACAUGUCUCUGCGUGAAUACAGUCUGAGCACAAACCUGGCCAGCUGCCCUUGCCUGCCUCUUUCUUGCCUCUGGUGUUCCAGGGGGGUCUUCCUGCUUCCCUGGCCCAGCUGGAAAUAAGAUAGGAUUGGCAGAGGGGGUGAGGGGCUCCCUUUCCAAGGCCCAGGAGCCUUUAGGACUUACUGUAAGGCAGUCUUUGUAGGCAGCCAGGCCUUCAUGGUCUUGGAGUUCACUGAGUGGAUUCCACUGUUUCUUAAAUAGUACAGGGCAUAAGGAAGAGUCUUGGGUGCUGGAGUGUGGGCCUGUUUCUGACUGUCUAGAGGCAGGCCUAGCUGGAUAGUCUUUAAGCUAUUCAAGGCCAAGGUGACCUGGCUGCCAAAUAUGAACUUGGGAGUGGCCUGGGGAGCCAGGGUAGGAGCUGCUAUUACAAACACCUGCCCCACAUCUUUCUCUACAGGCUACCUGCUAUGUGCCUGUCCCUGGACUGGUGCAUGUGCAACCCUCUCUUUUGUCCUUGAAGCAUUACAUAUAGAUGGGCAAAGACCUAGAGAGUGGUGAUACUGGGAAGAAGGUAUGGCAGGGUUGGGAAGGGACCAGCCACCUGCACAUCAAGACAGGUUUUCCAGAAGUAGUGGGUAACUGAGACUUAAAGGAGAGUUGCCAGGGAGACAGCUUGGAGAACCAUAUUUGCGAUUAUUUGGGGAUAAGAACCUAGACUUUACAAACUUGUCACUGUUCAGUAGCCUUCCAGUGUUCCCAGCUCUUCCCAAGAAUACCCUGUUACCAUAAUAAAAGUUUGUUCUUUGCCCCUGGGCCAGGCAUAUCUACAAAAACUACAUGAGACUCUGCUGUUGCCAGUUACGGGUUCAGGUCCAAGCAUGGCAGUUUUUUUAACUAACUUGGCUCAGGUCUUUCCCUUGUCUAGGAAGAUGAAGGUGAUACCUAUUUUCUUGCGAGGCAGCUGUGUAAGUCCACUGAAGCAACCAGUGAACCUCUAGAGCCUCUGGGUUACUAACAGGUCUCUCAGCUGCUAGGGUAGUAGGUGCUGGGUGGUGCUAAGCUUGGCAGCUGUUUUAACAGCAGCUGGAAGGUACCCAGCACCCAACU